UUCAGUCCCCUAACGAAGCCGCGAACUCGCGGAGGCUACUGUUCUCUCUCUAUCAGUUCACUGUUCACUUCGAUCCGGUUGAAGCCCUAUUAGAAGAAUUCCUUUUACAGAUUCCUCCAUUUCGCUCUUCAUAUCUACAUUUUCAUAUGUGCAUUCAAGUUUGUUUGUAUGCCUCUGAUUCUCAAGGGCCCGCCACCGCGUCUUUUUAGGCGAUACCUCAUCUCUCAGUAGGUCCAUGGAUGGUAGUGAAGCUGAUAUAACAAGCCACCCCACUGAGGAGGAAGCGGAGAACAUAUCCCAACCAUUGUCUGGCCCAGACAUUGAUGUGGAGCUCGAGUGCCAAAGCCUAAAUGUUUCAGCUACUGACGAGAAUGUUGCUGACAUUGAUGAGAAUGCAUAUUCAGAUGCAAAAAUUUCUUACAUUUUUUAGAAUAGAGCUGACAUCAAUGGUAAUCCUGCAUAUCAAAGUUCAAAAUGUUCAUCUGCUGGUAAAAAUUGGAUGAACAUGUAUGUCAACCCCCAGUGCCAGAGUCCAGAAGUUUUAUCUUUUCACAAGCACGUGUUGGAUACUGACGAUGAGCACACAGCUCACAGUCUGAUAGUCUCAAUGGAUAGUAAGCAGGAAAGUCACUGCCCAGAUGACCCACUACUGGGAAUACCUAGGUGCAGUCAUUCUCCUGGAAAAGAUGAAGCUGAUGAAUGUGUUGUACCAGAGAUUGGUAAGGAGUUUGAAUCAGAAGACCAUGCAUACAGGUGCUAUAACAGACACGCUGCUUUGGAAGGUUUCAGUAUCAGGAAAGAUUUUGUAAAUAAAAGUAGAAUAAAUGGUGUGGUGGUAUCAAGAAGGUACACUUGUUAUAAGCAAGGUUGUAGACCUACUAAGCGUGACCUGAAUGCAAAGAAGCCUCAAAAGGAAACAAGAACAGGUUGUUUGGCACAUAUGACUAUUGCACGUCAACCUAAUGGUAAAUAUCGUGUCACCCAUUACGAAACAAAACACAAUCAUGAGCUGGCAACACCAUAUACAGCUCAUAUGCUACCAUCGCAGAGGAGAAUAACUUUUGCUCAAGCUGUUGAAGCUGAAUUAGCUAACAACUCUUUGAUAGAAGGGGUACCAAAACUUGGAAUGGGGUUUGACUCAGAAGAUCAUGCUUAUGAAUUCUAUAAUUCAUAUGCUGGACAAGUAGGUUUUAGUGUUCGGAAGGAUUAUGUAAAUAGGAGUAAGGUAGAUGGUGCUGUGGCAUCUCGAAGGUUCACUUGUUUUAGAGAAGGUUUUCGACAAAAGGACAAAAGGGAUUCAAAUUUGAAGAGACCUCGCAAGGAAACAAGAAUUGGUUGCUUGGCACAACUAAUCAUUGCACGUCAACCUGAUGGUAAAUACCGUAUCACUCAUUUUGAAGAAAACCACAAUCAUGAGCUUGUUCCCCCUUAUAGAAUUCGCAUGUUACGAUCACAAAAGAGGUUAGCUGCAGGUCAAUCUGUAGGAACCACAAAAGAUGGUUUUGUCUUGCAGGCAAUGUCAGCCUCUGGUAUGGCAUUUAAGCCAGUUAGAGAUGGAGAGAAUUUGGUUUGUCAUCACAGAGAUUCUAAAAAGAGCCUACCUGCCAAACGUAUUAGGGGUAUGGAGCAGGGGGAAUCAGAAAGUAUUCUUCAAUAUUUUCAAAACAAGGAGUUAAAAGACCCUUCUUUCAUUUAUGCCAUACAACUGGAUGCAGAAGGUCAAAUGACCAAUUUCUUUUGGGCUGAUGCAAAGAUGCUGGUGGACUACGGUGAUUUUGGUGAUGUUGUUUGCUUUGAUACAACUUACAGGCUAAGCAAAGAUUGUAGACCUUUUGCACCAUUCAUUGGAGUAAAUCAUCACAAGCAGAUGGUGAUCUUUGGUGCAGCACUUUUGUAUGAUGAAACUUUUGAAUCUUUUAAAUGGCUAUUCCAGACAUUUCUUGAGGCAAUGUCAAGAAAGAAGCCAAAGACAAUCCUCACUGACCACGAUCCAGCAAUGGCUGAAGCAAUCGAUUCAGUAUUCCCAGAAACACACCAUCGAUUAUGUGCAUGGCAUGUGUACCAAAAUGCACUAAAGCAUCUUAGCCAGGUAAUUCUGCAGUUGGAUUCUUUUGCCAAUGAUUUAAGUUGCUGCAUUUUUAGUCAUGAUGAGGAGCAAGAGUUUAUAGAUGCAUGGAAGGCGAUGCUGGAAGUCUAUGAUCUUUGGGAAAAUGAAUGGUUGGAUGGCAUAUUUAGAGAAAGAGAGAGAUGGGCGAUGCCAUAUGGGAGACAUGCAUUUUAUGCUGACAUAAAAAGCGCCCAACUCUCAGAGAGUCUCAAUACUAACUUGAAGAAGUAUCUAAAGUCUGACUUAGAUGUACUUCAAUUUUUCAAGCACUUUGGAAGGGUGGUGAAUGAUUGGCGCUACAAAGAAUUAGAAGCUAGUUAUGACAUGAGCCAACACAUGCCAAGACUACUGGGGGAUGUGAUUCUAUUGAGGCGUGCAAGGGAUGUUUACACACCGAAGAUCUUUGAGUUGUUUCAGCAAGAAUACGAAGAUUGUCUCAAUAUUGUCGUUAACCGAUGUACAGAAAAUCUACCAUUUCUUGAGUACAAAGUCAGCAUAUAUGGGCAAGUGCGAGAGUACACUGUGAUAUUCAAUUUGGAUGAGAAUUCAGUUGGCUGCAGCUGUAUGAAAUUUCAGUUUGUUGGGGUGUUGUGUAGCCAUGCAUUGAAGGUGCUUGAUUACAGAAAUAUAAAAGUGCUUCCUGGUGAAUACAUCUUGAAGAGAUGGACAAAAGAUGCAAGGCUCUAGUUGAUUUUUAAGAGAAUUAGGUGUGCUGCAUGCAGUAUAUGUAGGAAGAUUUCAGCUUCUGUGUGUUCAGUUAAUAGGAAAAUCUCUAAUAGAAAAUGACAUCAUGUACAUUGUGACUCUUUAAUCGAUAUAGAAACCUUCUUGAAUAAAGUGAGCAU